AUGUUCUACAACCGGUACGUGGCCAUCUGCAAACCCCUGCACUACGGGACCCUCUUGGGCAGCAGAGCUUGUGUCCACGUGGCAGCACCUGCCUGGGGCACUGGGUUUCUCACUGCUCUGCUGCACACAGCCAAUAAAUUUUCAGUGCCCCUCUGCCAGGGCAAUGCCCUGGACCAGUUCUUCUGUGAAAUCCCCCAGAUCCUCAAGCUCUCCUGCUCACACUCCUAUCUCAGGGAUUUUGGGCUUAUCCUGGUCAGUGCUUGUAUUCUUUUUGGCUGUUUUGUUUUCAUAGUGGUGUCAUAUGUGGAGAUCUUCAGGGCUGUGCUGAGGGUACCCUCUGAGCAGGGAAGGCACAAAGCCUAUCCCACGUGCCUCCCUCACCUGGCUGUGGCCUCCUGGUUCAUCAGCACUUGCAUUUUAGCCUACCUGAAGCCCCCCUCCAUCUCCUCCCCAUCCUUGGAUCUGGUGGUGUCAGUUCUGUACUCAGUGGUUCCUCCAGCAGUGAAUCCCCUCAUCUGCAGCAUGAGGAACCAGGAGCUCAAGGGUUCUCUGAGAACACUGAUUACUUAUGCUUUUCAACAGCCAUACACUUCCUGCCUUCAUCUUUAA